AUGUCACCGCGCCGAUCAUCGCGGGCUCGUACCACGCAGCCCCCGCCCGGCGUCACUGCAGCGCACAGCACCUCAUCCGCGUCGACUUCGUCGUCUCGAGCUGACAGAGCGACGAGAACUAAUCACAAGCAGUCGUCGCCGCAGAAGUCGUUGACCCCACACUCCCUCUCGUCAGAGGAGCCCGACGAACCCGAGCCGCCUCGCGACUUGCAGGCAGAGCCGCCUCUCACACGGCGCCGAACGCGCGAACAUGACAACGACGGCGACGAGUUUUCGAAGCUCGACGAUGAGCUGGACGACGAGAUCACUGAGGAGGAUGAGGUCACACGUUGCGUGUGUGGCCAGCAGGAGUAUCCGGGUCCACCCUCGGAUGCCGGCAAGUUCAGAGACGGCCAAUUGUCCUCUGUGACAGAUUCUGACCUACAAGGCGAUGAUGCAGGCGGUUUGUUCAUUCAAUGCGAUAUCUGCAAAGUCUGGCAGCACGGCGGCUGCGUCGGCAUCAUGGAAGAGGCUGCCAGCCCCGACGAGUACUUCUGCGAAGAAUGCCGGAAAGAUCUCCACAAGGUUCUAACAAGUCCCAAAGGACAAAAGUACUCCCGAUACCUGCCCGUGUGGGACGCGCAGCACGGCAAGAAUGCCCGCAAGGGCUCUCUUUCGAAAGAAUCCGACAAACCGGCGAAAGACAAGGAUCGCUUGAGCAGAGCAAGCGUGGAGUCCUUCAGCAAGCGUCGUUCGACAAUGAACAGCAGAGCGGCUUACGACGAAGAUGAAGUCCUCCGAAAGGUUCUGGAGGAAAGCAAACACGAAGGCGCAGUGCCACCAUCGGAGAAUGGCAAUCGCAAGAAGCGCAGUCGGGACGAUAGCGAAGAGGUAAAGUCCGAGGUCAAACGGCAGCGGACCGGUUCCAGAUCCCCCAGCGGCUCUCCCGUACUUGAGUCCGAUGAUGAAAGCUCCAAGAACGCAGCGCCGAAACAGAAACCCCGUGGAGCUGCUGCACGAAGCCAACGGGAGAAGGAACAACGAGAUAAAGAGCGCGAACGCGAGCGGGUCGAAGCGGCUAAUCGACGGAAAGGCCGCGCGGAAAGAAGAAAGGGUGAUGGUAGGGACACUAACCUUGAAUCAGAACCACCAGAAGUACCACCUAUCGAGGAAUCAGCUAUGCCAACGCCCGCGGAAGAGCCAGCUCCCGCGGAAGCGCCUGCCGUCGAACCAAAGUCCGCCCCCGCACCAAGAAAAGGCGGACGGCCUCCACAGAAGCGACGACUUGGUCGCAAUCAAUAUACAAGGGAUGUGCCCACACCUGCAACCAAUGGCACAUCGCCGGCAGCGGAUGAUGCACCCAACUCACCGCAAGUGAAUGGGACUGGCAAUGGGCACGAUAGUAGCGACGGUGUCGCUAGUGGGAAGACAGGCAAGCCAAAGAACUGGCGGUUGCAGAAAUUAUCUUGGCAUGACAUUCGACGGCCGGCGGGCGCAAUGCAGAAUUACAUCUCUCAGCGCCAAGUCGAAAUGGCGGGAGAGAAGCCUGUGCCACCUGUACAGGAGCCUGCUGCAGUCGCGAACGGCGUUCAACAUCACGACGAGACGAAUGGAAACGGCGUCGAAGAGGAUCUGGACAAGUUCACAACGCUCAGCACGCUUCAAAUGAUGGACCACCUCAGCCGCGAUCUCACACAUUGGCAACAGAUGAUCACCGAGUCCAACGACAAAUGACCGGCUUCGGCAAAGGUACUUUUUCGAUGGCAUUAGUACAUUUCUCAGUUUUUGUUUCCCGGUAUUCCGCACCAUGGUGUAAACCGGAAUACCACAGCGCACCGCGCAUUGCCAUAUCAUGGCCACAUAAGCAUUAGCGCUUUCCACACUAGACUUCUUUUCAUCGGCGUUCACAGGUAUCCUGGCAAGGAUCACAGUUAUCAUUCGAGGUCUGCGUUACAUACCCUCCACUUCGUGCUUUCGAGCUGCAUAAAUCGAACUUUAGGUCGGCGUUUCUAUUUAAUCAUGUCAUUUUGAGCUGGGAAGUAUAGGCUGUCUCAACCAUUGGAAUGGGCUUCGUAGCGCGGAUGAGCGCCGCCUACAAAAUAGAAUCAAACCUUUCACGCCGUCACACACAAACUGUGGCCCUGUCAAACACUGUUCUCACCCGCCU